UUUUCUGUUACUAGUUAGUAGUUGAGUUUCUGGGAUUUGCCAACCCUUCCAAAAUUUGUGACACUAGCGUUCGUUACACCUUUAUAUAGUGUUUUUCUGUUCAACAUGUUUGCUUAUUUCGAUUCAGAAUAUUAUGAGGAUGCAGAGAAGAAGCUUAAAGAAAUUGAAAAGCAACUGGCCACAUCAUCAUCAGCUGUUAGUGACAACGACGAAUCACUGGCAGUUGGCAAGAGAAUUGCGAAAAGAAAAAUUUUGGAGGAUUUUUAUUUGGACCAAUCCACAGAUGAUGAAGAAAUUGCAAUUCCUCCCAAAAUCAGGAAGGAUUCGGAAAGAAAAACAAAAAGCCCGAGACUGUAUGGGAGCGAUCCCCAGGCUAGUGGAUCUGGUGUUUCAAGAGAAAUAUCCCAGCCCCGUCUCACUCUGAGAAAAGGAUUUAGUAGUAGUCAAAAAAACUUGAACCCCAGAGAAAUGCCGUCCAUUAUGACUAGUGUAAAUGAAAUUAUGGAUCGCCUCAAUACUACUGAAGGUAUUAUGAAGGAUAUUUUGAGACGAUUGCACCGAAUAGAGCAAAAUAUUGUGCAUUUGUGUGAGACGGCACAAAAUGUGCCAGAAACAGAUCAAAAUAUUACAGAAUCGAGAUUCGAGUUAGAAAUCCUCGAAAAUCUGGAACAACUUCAAGAAUUUGAGCAAAAGCUUCAGGACAUCCAGUUCUUUGCAAAAGUUGUUAAUACUCUUGGAUUUAUGGGAGGAAAAAGCAGAGAAGACGUUUGUCGGAGUAUCCUCUCCAACUUACUCUCAAAAAAUUUUUGUUUCCACCUUAAUUGGACGGGGCGCCAGCAAAAAAUAGCCUUUUCAAAAUUUACCUAUAUAAAUAAGGCAAUUUUAGUGGCAACAAGAAAAAAUAAAGGGUGCGAAGAUGCCACUCAAUCAGAAGUGGAAGGCACUAUCAAGGCAUGGUUGCGAAAUGUUUAUGAGAGAGGAGCUCGCAGAGAGACUACUCAAUGACGAGCAAUUUUUAUGAUUAACUUUUUUUUUCCUUUUUUAAAUUAUGUAUAUCACAUUUAAAACAUAUUUUGAUUU